UCGGCAUGACGAUCCUGCAGCGGAUACGCUCCCCGGGGCUGUCCUUUGCCCAGACGGUGGUGUCGCUGGCCCUGGGCGGCGCGGCACUGACCUCGUCCUACUGGUGCGUGGGGGUUCAGAAGGUCCCCAAGCCGCUGUGCUCGCUCUCCCGGCAGCGGCGCUGCGUCCCCGUCCCGGGUAUGGCCAACGCCUCCGACGUCUUGUUCUCCUGGGACACCGGGGACGACCGCUUCGUCUUUCCAGAGUUCCACGUGGGCAUCUUCUACUGCUGCCAGGAGAACAUCUACACGGACGCCUGGGAGGAGAAGUGUCGUAGCUUCCACUCCCUGACUCCUCAAUCAGAGAAAGCCAUGAUGUGGCUGUCGGUCACCAUGGAGCUCAUGUACAUGGGGCUGCUGUGCUUGAGCUGCCUGCUCCUGUGCCUCCAGCUGUGCGUGGGGGCGUGCUCCCCAGCCGGCCGCCGCUGGGGACAGUUGUUCAACGCCUUCGCCGCCAUCUUCACCGUCCUGGCAGGUCUGAUAGGUAUGGUGGCCCACAUGAUGUUCAUGCAGGUGUUCCAGACCACCGUCUCCAUGGGACCAGAAGACUUUAAACCACACAGCUACGGAUACUCCUGGGCCUUUUAUGUGGCCUGGGUGGGCUUCACGCUGUGCAUGGCUGCGGGGGUCUCCACCCUCAACAGCUACACCAAGAAGGUCCUGAUGGCGGCCCGCCGCUACCCCUCCGCCUCGGACUACACCGUGCCCUACCCCGACUCCCCCCCUCCCCUCUCCCACCUCUCGCCCUACUACGACCCCCAUUCCCCGGCCGCCAUCCCCCCCGCCCAUGCCACGCCCCUCUCCCCCCUCUCACGCCUCCCCCCCCCGUCUCCCGGCGACUCCCCCCGACCGGGCCGACCAGAGUCGCUGCGGAGAUCGCCGGGCGAGGACGACGACAUGCUGCGCUGA